CCUGGAGCUCCUCUGUUGGAACGAAGGACCUUUAAACCGUCACCAUUACAACAGGAAGCGGACAAGCUUGACUUCAUAAACUGACCCUUUCUUAACCAGUCUCAUUCCAGGAGACUCUAAUAAGCUGUAAACCAAGAUGCCUCUGAACGACGAGCGGCCGUCCUCCACUUCCAGCAGCGACGGGGAGUCGUCGUCGGAGCGCUGCGACAGCGCCACGUCGGCCAGCGACAUGGACUGCUCCCGCGAGAGCUUCACCAGCGAGGGCUCCAGCAAGCACUGCACGCCCUCCUCGAGCCCGCCUAAAACGCUCACCCUGGACGAGGUGAUGGGCUCCGCGAGGGACCUCUCCAACCUCAGCUUGUUCCACGAGAUCGUCGUGAACCGCAACUUCCAACUGGAGCCGCACAGACUACCCGAAGACAGCUUAUGGAAGAUGGUGCGCGACAAUGUCCACAAGGCCUUCUGGGACGUCCUGGAGUCUGAGCUGAACGACGACCCGCCAGAGUACCAGCAAGCCAUCAGACUGCUGCAGGAGAUCCGAGAGAUCUUACUGUCCUUCCUCAACCCGGGCGCCAAUCGCAUGCGGAGCCAGAUCGCGGAGGUGCUGGACAUAGACCUGAUCCGGCAGCAGGUGGACAACGAGGCGGUGGACAUAGCGGGCUUGGCCUCCUACGUCAUCACGGUGAUGGGCAAGCUGUGUGCCCCAGUCAGGGACGAGGAGAUCAAGAAGCUGCGGGAGAGCACGGACAACAUCGUGGCGCUGUUCAGGGAGAUCUUCCGCGUGCUGGACCUGAUGAAGGCCGACAUGGUCAACUUCACCAUUGACAACAUGAGGCCCGUGAUGCAGAAGCAGAGCAUCGAAUACGAGAGGGCCAAGUUCCAGAGCAUCCUGGACAAGACGCCUGGUGCUUUGGACAACACCACCGCCUGGAUCAAAAUGUCUCUUGAGGAGCUGCUCACACAGGAGACAAGCAGGCGAAGUAAAGGACAGCAAUGGGUGCCUGGACCCUUCCAGGUCCUCAAUGUGGCCUUCCUCCGCAUGCUCUCAUGGGACUCCAGCAAGCACCCGCUCCCGGAGACCUGGAUGACUGAUGAGACGCGUCUGCGAGAGGUGCAGGGCCAGCUGAGGCAGUGCCAGGCAGUCAACCAGGUGCUGCUCAUCAUCUUCAGCACCAUCGGGGGCCCCAUCCAGGGUCUGUCGCCCUUGUCAGAGCGCCUCAAGAGAAUGACAAGUGUGCUGCUGGACGACAUGCAUAACCCGAAUUUCAGCCUAGAGGAGGCACUGGUGGGUGUCAGCGCUCAGAUCUGCAACGAGCUGAACAAGUCGUUGGCAGAGAGGAACUACCCGACGCUGACCCCGGCGCUCCAGGCCACCCUCACGGGACAGAUCUGCAGCAUCGCCCACAAGGACAACCCCAUCCGCACACUAGUUGAGGACCGCGUCCAGCAGUACUUCACGGCGCUCAUCUGUGACCCGAAACCCCAAGCCAGACUUGAACAAACACCAGCCGGCCUGUACGCCAUCCGCACUGAGCUAGCAUCGCUGGCGGCCAAGUUUGUCUCCCUGGUCCACUACAACAAGGCCGUCUAUGGACCUUUUUAUGCCGACAUCAUCAGGAAGCUGAUGUUCAACAGGAGCCCGCCAGCGGCUUCUCCCCCUCAGGACUCUGCUCAGAACUCUGCUCAGGACCCCGUUACCUCCAACUGAACCUCGUCACCGUGCAGCCUGUUUUUGUCCUUUUACUAGUCACGCCAGAAUAGCAAACUGGACUUCCGUCCUUUCCGCUACCUGCAAGAACACUACCAAUUUAGCAGUGGGAGGAACUGCAGUGUUACGAUAAUCUGUUUUCUUUAGUUUUUUAAACUACUAUACUAACAUGUGAUGGUAAAAGGGCAGGGGUUUGCUACAUUUCUUACAUGCAAAUGUAUGUCGGAGAUCCAGCAAGAACAUUGCUACACAGCAGCGUUUCAGAUUCUUUAUGUACAACACAUUCUGACUAUUUAAGGUUUUAUAUAGUAAGUCUGAUCUAGAGGCACAACGGAAGCUGACACUUUUGAGAAAUACUAUAAACCAACAGCACUCUCCUCAUGGAAUACAUAUUUGAAUAGCUCUUCCUUUAGCUUCUUAAAUGAGCUAUUUUUAAACUAUGUUAGGGAUUUCUAAAACAUGUUUUGUCUGCAUGAAUGCAUUUUAUCAUUUUUGCUUGUGUAAUUGCAGAACUGUCUGACAGAUGUUAUGCCGUCUUAUUCAGAUUGUGUCAUACGGAUUUGGUGUGACUGGUUCGAUUUUUGCGAUACCUGAUGUUACGUUACUGUAGCUGUUACAGUAUUUCUGCAGUGGCUGAGAGAACCAAAAGGUGCUGAACGCUGAGGGAUCCUGUGUUAAAUGUGGAUUCAAAGAUGCACAAAGAAAAAAAAUUAUUUACCUUAACUGAAGUUUACAUAAAUAUGUGGGAAGUUGUUUUAUUCUGUACUGCAGUUAAUAUAAUAAAAGUUAAAAGGAUACAAAAU